AUGGUUUCCAUCACUCACAACUAUUGUAUUGUGCGAUCCGGCUCACGAUUCUCGUUGGCCAGCUACCUUCUUGACUACUACACAGGAACUAAUUGUGGUGAUUGGAUUGAAUCACUUGCUACCAGUUCGAGCAAAACAAAGGCGUUGGAUGCCUACGCCAACAUCAUACAAUACUUGUCAACCAAGUAUCGAAGUCAGCCAAUGAGAAUUCUUUCCAUCUGUAAGUUACUUAUCCAUUCAUAUAUUCGUCAUGAAAUGUAG